AUGGGCAUCGAUCUGGCCCCCGACAUGGAUGACUGUAGGACACUCGUCGGGUGUCUGACGGCGAUAGCCCUGUACGUCGCGUACACCUAUCUCAGCGUUCCCAGUCUGACCGGUAUUCCUAUCGUCGGGCCUUCCGGCUGGUUCGCCUCGUACCGCGGCAAGAAAGUCUUCAGCGAGCAUGCCAAUGAGAUGAUACGAGAAGGCGUCGAGAAGUACCCGUCCGGCAUGUUCCGUGUCGCGCGUCUUGGGUGGACCGUUAUUGUCAGCGGCCGACAGCUGAUAAACGAGCUGAGUUCAGCGCCCGCCGAUGAGCUCUCAUUCUUCCAUUCCGUGUCGGAGGCCAUGCAGACCAAGCAUACCCUCGGACCAACCGCCAGUCUAUCGAGAGGCCACGUCCAUAAGGAUGUUAUUCGAGGAGAGCUGACACGCAAUAUCGCCGUACGCUUCGAUGAUAUCUAUGACGAGAUAUGUGCCGCGUUCAAGGGCAACAUAACGUUCGCUUGCGGGGAAGAGUGGUGUACAGUCCCCGCAUAUACGACGGCCCUGUCUAUCGUAACUCGCACGAGCAAUCGCUACUUCGUCGGCUUGCCUUUAUGUCGCAAUCAAGACUACUUGGACUCUGUCAGUCAAUUUGCCAGAAAGGUAUCGCAGUCCGCUGGCAGGAUCAAGAAAUGGCCGACGUUCCUCCAACCGUUGGUUGGGCACAUCCUUUCACCAUUCCGGGAGCACUACCCAGAUCUUUCUGCACAUCUAGGGUCGCUUGUAGCCCAUCGCCUGCGUGAGGAUGAAUUGCUUGGCUCGGACAGGCCGGACGUGCCCAACGAUGCUAUAACGUGGAUGCUGAAGCACGAAAGCCUGGACGACCGCCUAGAAGCUACUAUCAUGCGAAUUAUGCUGAUCAACUUCGUAGCCGUGCAUACUUCUACCAACAUGCUCACGCAUGCGCUCUUCUUCCUCGCUUCGCAGCCAGAGUACAUCGCGCCCCUGCGCGAAGAAGUAGAAGAAGUCAUCGCUCGUCAGGGAUGGACGAGGGCCAGCCUACGGGACAUGCACAAAGUUGAUAGCUUUCUACGUGAGGUUGGGCGAACCUCCCAGUCCAAUUGUCUCUCACUCAGUCGUCGGGUCAUGAAGGAGGGCGGCUUCACCUUUUCUAAUGGCGUCACUCUUCCGAAGGGCACCUACGUCUCGGCGUCGCUGCAUGCCGCGCACAUGAAUCCAGACGUCUACCCAAACCCAGAGGUCUUCGAUGGCUUCCGCUUCUCCCGCCUCCGCGAGAAGGACCCAGCGAAAUACCAGGUGCACACCACCGACUUCGACUACUUGCAUUUCGGGCACGGCCAUCAUGCAUGUCCUGGGCGCAUCUUCGCCGCGAACGAGCUCAAGGCAAUGCUCGCGCACCUCGUCCUGCACUACGAUGUCCAGCUCGAAGGAGGCUCGCGCGUCAGGCCAGAGAACGAAUGGACCGACGAGUUUUCGUGUCCGGACACGAAGGCGAAGGUGAUGUUCAAGAAGCGCGUGGUUUGA